CUCUGUCACAUUGAGCUGUGGUAUGUCUCUUCCAGGCAGAGGUUUACAGGAAGCACUGCUGAGUUUAGGGUGUCUCAUUACUUCCUCAUUUGCCAGACAGUCACUGUGGUGUUGGAUGUAAAUGCUUUUCUUUCCUUAAUAAUUGUUUGUGGGGAAAUAAAUUUAGGCCAGAAUGAACUUCAUAUCUUCAGGUUGCUUGAUAGGAUCCACUCGCUCCUCAACCUCAAGGAGAGAGUUUGGUGCUUUUAUGUGAGGUGUCCUUUAUUAAACCACCAAUAGAACGCCUUUUUGCUGUGUUUGUCUUUCCAGACCGCCUGCAGGAUUAUGUUGGAAAAGAGGAGGAUUUCUCUGACCAGCAGCUCUAUGGACAGGAUAUGCAUUCCAGUUUGGACCAAGAGGAACCAGAACCUCUGCAGAUAAAAGAAGAGCAGCAAGAACCAGAACAUCCCUGGACAAAAGAGGAAACCAUGGAGCUCCCCAUUGGUGAGCAUGAAGAGCAGCAAGCUUUCCCAUGUCUGACAUGUGGAGAAACUUUUCUAAAUAAAGAACAUUUAAUGGUUCACAUAAGAACUCACAAAGGUCAGAAGAUUUAUGAAUGUCUGUCCUGUGGAAAAAGCUUCACUCACAAAUCUUAUCUUAAGAGACACAUGAGAAUUCACACCGGUGAGAAGCCUUUUUCCUGUACUAUCUGUAGCAAGAAUUUUACUGUAAAAGAUAGUUUAACUUCUCACAUGAGAAUUCACACUGGUGAGAAGCCCUUUUCCUGUACUAUUUGUAACAAGAAUUUUAUGAGAAAAAGUCGUUUGACUCCUCACAUGAGAAUUCACACGGGUGAGAAUCCUUUUGAUUGUUCGUCCUGUGGAAAAAGCUUCACUCAGAAAUCUUAUCUUGAUAGACACGUCAGAACUCACACAGCUGAGAAGCCAUUUUCAUGUACCAUCUGUAGCAAGAAUUUUACUGUAAAAGAUAGUUUGACUUCUCACAUGAGAAUUCACACAGGUGAAAAGCCUUUUGACUGUCUGUCCUGUGGAAAAAGCUUCACUCAGAAAUUUUAUCUUGAUACACACAUCAGAACUCACACAGGUGAGAAGCCUUUUUCCUGUACGAUAUGUAAGAAGAAUUUUACUCAAAAGAUUAGUUUGAUUUCUCACAUGAGAAUUCACACAGGUGAGAAACCCUUUUCCUGUACCAUUUGUAACAACAAUUUUACUCAAAAACAUCAUUUGACCAGACACAUGAGAACUCACACAGGUGAGAAGCAGGUCUCCUGAUUGAUUUGUGACAAAUGUUUUAAAGGAGAAGGUAAUUUAAUUAUUCACAUAUAAAAAAAAAAAAAAAACAUUUGUUCCACAUAAGUCACAGCAAUUAGACGCCAAAGAAAUGAAAAGUAGAGGUGUUUUCCAUGUUUGAUGAAAUGUAACCUCAUUACAUAAGAAACUCACAGGCUAAUGGUCUUUUUCGAGAAACGUUUUGAGAAAGCCAAUAAUUAACAGCUCUGUUUACAUAGAAACUAGGACAGAUAAGGUGUUCCAUUGUAAACCUGGUAAAUACUCAGGGCGAAUAUGUGGAUGGGAACAUUUGAAAUGUAAUUAUGUUUGGCCUUAGUAAAUUAGAUUUAAAUGCCCUAACAACAAAAGACGUUUACAUUCACAAUUUACUUUUUCUGUAAUGAAGGCAAUAAACAUACUAAAGUACAACGAUAACAACUUACAGAUGAAGGAAGUUUGCUGUCCAUAAAACAAAUAACUGAAAAAUCAUAGAUAUUUAAAUUGAAAAAAAUCCAGAAGGACCCCUACUGUGCCAUUUUGGCAUGGUGUGG